AGGGACAUGAAAGCUAACCUGAUUCGUUUGUUUUUAGGGGCUCUUGGCUUUGGGCCUCAGUGCAAGUCCAUUGGAAAAGGCAGCUGCAACAAUCUAGUGGUCACCAGCAGCCCCAUGAUGGUUCAGCGACUGGGACCCAUUUCACCUCCAGCAAGCCAGGUCUCUACAGCAUGCAACCAGAUCAGUCCUAGCUUACAGAGGGCAAUGAAUGCAGCCAACCUGAAUAUACCUCCUUCAGAUACCAGGUCCCUUAUUUCACGUGAGUCUUUGGCAUCCACGCCUUUGAGCCUGACAGAAAGUCAGUCGGCUUUGAGCGUGAAGCAAGAGUGGACUCAGGGCUACAGGGCGCUCCCUUCGCUCUCCUCCGGCCACAGCUCUCAGAAUGGCACUGACCUCGGGGACCUCCUGAGCCUUCCUCCCGGGACAGCCAUGGCCAGCAACAGUGUCUCCAACUCAUUGCCACCCUACCUUUUCGGCAUGGAACACAGCCACUCUCCUUACUCUAGUCCCCGACACUCUUCAGCCAGGUCCCACUCGGCGCGCUCCAAGAAGAGAGCCCUGUCCUUGUCCCCGUUCUCCGAUGGCAUUGGCAUCGACUUCAAUACCAUCAUUCGCACCUCUCCCACGUCCUUGGUCGCCUACAUCAACGGGUCCAGGGCUUCCCCGGCCAACAUGUCCCCGCAGCCCGAGGUGUACGGGCAUUUCCUGGGGGACCUGGGCGCGCACGCCCAGCCGCUGGCCCUGGAGGACGAGGGCGAGCUGGACGACGUCGGGGGCAAGCACUGCUGCCGCUGGAUCGACUGCAGCGCCCUGUACGACCAGCAGGAGGAGCUCGUGCGGCACAUCGAGAAGGUGCACAUAGACCAGCGCAAGGGCGAAGACUUCACUUGCUUCUGGGCGGGGUGUCCUCGGAGGUACAAGCCCUUCAACGCCCGCUAUAAGCUGCUGAUCCACAUGCGGGUCCACUCCGGGGAGAAGCCCAACAAGUGCACGUUUGAAGGUUGCAAGAAGGCCUUUUCAAGGCUUGAAAAUCUCAAGAUCCACUUGCGGAGCCACACGGGCGAAAAGCCUUACUUGUGCCAGCAUCCGGGCUGUCAGAAGGCGUUCAGUAACUCCAGUGACCGCGCCAAGCACCAGAGGACACAUCUGGACACUAAACCUUAUGCUUGUCAGAUUCCAGGAUGCACCAAACGCUACACAGACCCAAGUUCCUUAAGAAAGCACGUGAAGGCACAUUCUUCCAAAGAUCAACAAGCGAGGAAAAAGCUGCGGCCCAGCGCGGAGCUCCACCCGGACCUGCUCACCGAGUGCCUGUCGGUGCAGCCCCUGCAGCCGGCCGCCUCCCCGAGGGACGCCGCGGACGGCGCGGUGGGACGCUCCCCGGGGCCCGGGCCGGGGCCCGACCUCUACCCAGCUUCCAUCUUCUCCAGCAAUCACUCAAGCCGAAGCGGAACAGCUGCUGGGGCCGUGCCACCCCCUCAUCCUGUCAGUCACCCUUCUCCGGGACAUAAUGUACAGGGGAGCCCCCACAACCCCUCCUCCCAGUUACCUCCACUCGCAGCUGUGGACGCGGGAGCUGAGAGGUUUGCACCUUCUGCUCCAUCUCCUCACCACAUCAGUCCCCGGAGAGUUCCAGCUCCUCCUUCAGUAAUGCAGAGAGCACAGCCGCCCCACACCCAGCAGCCCUCAGGAUCACACCUGAAGUCUUACCAGCCGGAAACAAACUCUUCUUUCCAACCAAAUGGGAUCCAUGUCCAUGGAUUUUACGGGCAGCUGCAGACAUUCUGCCCCCCACAUUACCCCGACUCCCAGAGAACCGUGCCGCCCAGCAGCUCCUGCAGCGUGGUGCCUUCCUUCGAGGACUACCUGGUCCCCACAUCCAUGGGCCAGGCUGGCUUUGACGUUUUCCACAGAGCCUUCUCAACUCACUCGGGCAUUACAGUGUACGAUUUGCCUUCGGCUUCCUCAAGCCUCUUCGGAGAGUCCAUCCGCAGUGGGCCCGAAGACACCACGUUCCUGCAGAUCAGCGCCAUGGACCGCUGUCCUAGCCAGCUCUCCUCUGUCUAUACGGAAGGCUAACCCGGCCUCCACGACCACCGGCAUCCAGAACCCUUUGUUGCUUGCCACCUUUCGUUGUGCUCAUGCCCUCACAGACUGCACGGAAAGGGUGGCAGCCGAAUCCGCGGGACCUGCCGAGUCACAGACGUGCCCUGGAGGGUGGCGGAGCUGGAUGGUCAGAGCUGGACUUCGCAGGAAUGUUUGCAUUUGCUCCCUGCUCUCUCUGGGUUGGCUGGUGACCAGCAGGACUGUCUUUUCAAAGGGAAUUUAGACUCUCGCUCUACCAGACACCUGUUACUUCCUGGCUGUCAACCCUCAAAGGACACCAAUGAAGUGACGUCCAUGUGAAAAUGUGGUUUGGGGAUCGCCCUCGCUGAAAACCCCAAAUAGAGGACAGUACCAAUGGCCAGAGGCACAGGGAACUGCCUCGCCCAUGCCCAUCCUCACCGCUGGCCGACACCCAGCCAGGCGCACAGGAAACCGGGUCCAUAGCAUGGGGAGCCCCGGUUCCAGCAACAGCCUGGAUUCCAGGGAGCUGGCUGCUCUCCUCUCUCCUCUUCGAUAUUCCCGUGCUAACCAAUUGCUUUCAGUGUUUCUCCAAAAACAAAGUAAGGAGGUUCUGUCAAGUACAGUCCCUUGAAACGCACUAUAACUUGUUUUAUAUUCCAGAAACCUCUCUUAGUUCCUUCAUUUUAAAGACUUGUUAUUGACAUCUACUUUAAAAGGAAAAAAAUAUUUAGAAGGCUGUUUUUUGGAUGCAAAAAUUAUUUUAAUCACCCCAGCUGCAUACGUUUUGCCACAGCUGCGUAGCUCCGCCUGGCCACACUUCACAGCACCUGUGAGCACUCCUGGGAUGUUAGUUUUGCAUUUAGCGAAGGCUACCUGAGGGAAACGGGGUGGGCACACCCACUUCCCAGUGUUGUAGCAGGAACCAGAGAGGGUUAGCUGUUCGGCAAAUCCACCUCAGUGACCUUGUUCAAAGCAAAAGGUCGUGUUACUGGUUCACCAUGGCUUCUGCUCUGGUCCUCUGCCCAGAGACGUGCGAGAUGAUGUGAGCACAGGGACCCACCGAGUUAUGUUCCUAGGUUUUCUUGGGAAACCAAACUAGAGAUGCCCUAUGUCCAGUUAUUUUGCACAGCCUCUGCUCACCUCACCAUCUGUCUGUCUGUCUCCCCCCUGUACUUUUCUCCCUCCCUCGUCCUGACUGUGAUUCAGACAUGCCCACAACCCACCAUUGUCUGACCAUCAGCUCUUAGCAAGGUCUGACCCCAGGCAGGUAGAGGAAACUGCUGGAAAGGUGGGCAGAGCAAGACAGCCUUGUUUUCUGAAACUCUGGUGUGCGGGCCUUGGAUUUUCACAGAGCACUUGGCCAUUUGACAUCAAGCCUGAAGAGGAAGCCAUUUCCCUUGGCACCUUUACAAAGCUUUAAAAAGAUCUUGAGUCCGAUGGCCUAGGCUGUAAAAAUGAGCCAGGCCCCCAAAGACACUCAGUAAAUUCUGACAUUCCAGUAGUCACAUUUCACGCUUUCUUUCUUGCUCUCUUUAAAAAUGUUUUCUGAGCAAUGAAACAAUACUGUUUGUCAAACAGAAAUAAUUACACUCUUCAAUAAGACAAUUAAACAGCUUGGGGUCAGACUUGGGACCCAGUGACAGUUGUAGCCUGACAGAUGGGUCCUUCCAGUCCGGCUGCGCAGUCAGUAAUGUUCUGCCAGCUUCCGGACUUCAUUCAAACAUGUGGUAAAAUAAGGUAAAUACAGAACCAAGCGUGGGUCCGUUUUAACCGCACUUGGUCAAUCUCGUUUCUCUGACUAGUGAGCUCUGAUCUGAGAAAAGCUUUCAUGCAGAUGUCCAAGUCUCCACUUUACAAAAACCUGCUCUACUUUCUGAGAAGCUGCCCGUCAGGCUAUCUCUCCACAUGAGCUCUCAGACUGCAUGUAAAGCACCACUCUCCUUGCAGACUUGGUGGGCUGUGUCACUUGGCCUAAGCAAGGACACACGCGUACGAACACUGGCAUCCCUCCUGGGCCUUUGUCACACUCUGGGAAGAAAGGAAUGGUUUUUAGAGACAGUCUGUCCAUUCUUAAUACUGAAGCCUUUAUGAGGAGCUCAGAUUGCAUUUUAUUUGUGUGAUGAGAGGAAAAAGAUGAGAAGGCAAGGUGGUUACUACAGCUGAUGUUGUCAGCCCUGCCUGUGGCCUUCUAUACCUUAAAGUGGAAAGGGGGAGAGGAGACGGAGCCAGACGCUGAACCUCAGGAACCAUGGGUGUCGUCUCCUUUGGCUGGGAGAGAUGCUCCUGUACCAGCCUCGGGUCGUUCUGUGGCCUCACAGUGGCCCUGCCCCUCUGUGCUUCACUGUGGCCGGAGGGAGCCAGGCGGCGCCAGGCAGCCGUAGCACCUACAGGGCCGCCUUCCUGGGCGGGGGUUCGGCAGGCCCCUCAGGAGGGCAUUCCUGUUAGCGGAGGGCCGUGCAGGACGCAGGGCCCAGGGCCGCCCGCAAUGCUGAGAGCCCCUCUCCCCUCUCGAGCCCUCAGUGCUUCCUGACGGCGCAGGUCUGAGCUGACGGCCUCGGCACAGGACGCCCAGGUUCCUUCUAGACUUCUUCACGCUCUCCUAGAUCCCAGAAUCUCACCUGACCUUCAGAUUUGUUUCUCGCUUGCUUUCGCAUUGCACAGGAUUUAUAUAUGCUUUCAUCAUUAUGUUCAUAGCAGUAAAAAUGGAAUGUUCACAAAGUUAUUCCCUUCCAUUUCUUGGCCUUUAUAGUCUUGAUAUGUAACCAUGUUCAUUAACAUCCAAACAGAGAUUGCCAUCCCCCUUUUCUUAAGUAAAAACUGGUGCCUAUGAAAACACACGCAGCCCAAAGCUAAUUAUCCUAUUACACUAAAAAGGAGAAAUCAGUAUGCCUGGAGACAUUUCAUUUGCUGCAUUCUCAGUUCCCUAAAGGGACUGCAUCAAAGUGUCAGUUGUAAUUCAGCCUCUGAUCAGCUGUUAAGUAUUAUUUAAAUAUUUACUGUCCUGUGGGGCCCCUUUACCGAUGUCUCCCCCAAAUUACAUGGGUGAUUCUAAAACGGACAAUAGGUCUUCAGUGGCUCCCAGCAUAGUUUCCACCAGCAAAACCGAAUGUUGGUGGUGGGCCGUAGCUUUCACCUUACCAGCUGUCGAGCGCAUACGUGCACUGGCACAGAGGUAAAGGCUCAUCUCCCCACCCAAGCACCUCGACUUUUCAGUUGCCUCUAAGUAUUGGGACUAGUGAUUGUAAAUGUCUGAUUUAAUUAUUUGGUGUUUUAUUAGACUGUUUUGACCACGUCAUUUUAUAGCAGCAUUUUUUAAUGGCACUUUUUGUUGGUGGUGUGGAAUUUCUGCGGUUACAUUUUUUUUUUUUUUGCAAUGGAUAAAGCAAAAAAAAAAAAAAAACACCACUCAUUGGAGAAAUGGCGAGUGUAAAAAAGAAGAGAUUUAUUUUGUACAGACAGCAGAGCAUCCUGUGUAAUGUUGCUGACAUAAAGCACUUUCGGGGGGAGAAGUGGAAAUCUGUUUUCCAUAAAUCACGCAGACUCUUGUCCAUAGUUAUAUACACUCACGUAGAGAAAUGAACUGCAUAUAUCAUACUGGAUAUGGGGCCGAUUUUACUCUAAGGGCACAUCUGGUGCUUAUUGUCAUAAAUCUUUUAAAGAAUUAGGUACACUUUUUUUUCUAUUAAUAUGUAUAGUUUUGUGAUUUGUCACAGUUAUGUUUCAUAUAAUCAUAAGUUAUUUUGUCUUGUUUCAUGAAGUCCUUUUUUAUGUCAAAAGUAAAAUGAAGGGAUUGUGCACUUGGUACACAAUACAACUGGAAAUAGAGGCUGUGCCCACCCGCCUGAAACCCUCCCUCAGCUGUCAUUUCAAACAUAAAGGCAACAACUGGUUUCUGUUUGUUUGUUUGUUUUAUUAUUUUGUUUUGUUUUACCAUCCGCCUCCUUUAUAUUGGGAUGGUAAUUAUAAUUAAAAGCAGAUGGGGUGGGGGAGGGAGUGUCCAAGGCCAGCUUUAAAAUGCCGCGUUGCUUUGGGCCAGAGCUGCAGCCUGGAUUUAAUUAUAGAUAUGAGGACGGAAUGGCAGUAAAAAUGAAUGUGUCCCUGAAUCCUUUACAUGUUGGGAGUGUCCAUAAAUAAAACAUGAAGUUUUAUUUCAUCAGAUUUAAUUAAAGCUUUUAUACAUGUUU